UCCUGUAGCACAUGCGCAGUGGCGCCGAGGCGAGGUCGCUGCGAAGCCCAGGCGCUGGGGAUUCUAGCCCGGGCCUCUGGGGACCGAGCUGGGACUUGCGCGUCUUGGCGGCUCGCGGCUCUUCCUGGAGAGGAAAGCCGUGAAGCUGAGACCCCCACCCCACACACACACACACACACACACCCGUGCAGCUCGGGGUCGAACCUGCCACGCAGGCGCCCACUACGCCGCCGCCAUUGUUGCCCGUGCUGCGCGGACGGGGCCGAGCGACAGGUACUGAUGUCCCCGCGAGUGUCCACGGGGAGGCCGGGCCCGGGCGAGGCCGGGAAGGGGAGGCGACUGAAGGCGAGGACGGCACAUCUCCUCGGGGCAUGACUGCGGAUGAGCUGGGCAGGGAGUUGGAGCCCCGGACAAGUUCUUGCUCAUCCUUUCAAGUUCUAGGCGCAGAAUUUGUUACAGGCUGCUAGCUUUACUGUGGUUCCAUUCUGGCCCUGGCUGUAUUAGCCAUUGAGGAAAAAAUAAUUGUGACUGUAGCAUGAGACUUCAAGCAGUUGGCUCAAUACUGGAAAAAUAAAAGACCCUGCCAGAUCAGUUCUCCUGUCUAUAGCAAUGUUUGCCUCAAGAAAGAGGAUGGCCAACUCUUCACGCUCACAGGUCCUCCUGAUGUGGAAGCCAGACAAGGUUCAAAGCGGGCCCUGCAGUGACGAGAAGCAAACACUCACUUCAAGACUCUUGCGUGACACUGAGACCUGUCGGCAGAAUUUUAGGAAUUUCUCAUACCCGGAUGUGGCAGGUCCCCGGAAAGCAUUGAGUCAGCUCCGAGAGCUCUGCCUUAAGUGGCUGAGACCUGAGGUUCACUCCAAGGAACAAAUCCUGGAGCUGCUGGUGCUGGAGCAAUUCCUGACCAUCCUGCCUGGGGAGGUUAGGGCUUGGGUGAAGUCUCAGUACCCAGAGAACAGCGAGGAAGUGGUGACUCUGGUGGAGGAUGUGACUCAGAUUCUACAAGAGGAAGCUCCUCAGAACCCUGCCCUUCCCCAGGAAGUCCCAGAGGAAGAACCCAAAGCUGCUUUCCAGGCAGGGUGGCUCAAUGACUUGGUGGCCAAUUGCUAG